UCUAGCGUAGUAGUCUCCUUUCACUCACUGCUAUUCAUCACCAUCUAGGAUACACAAAAAAAACCCCACGCAGGUAGACAGAAUACUGUGCUAGUGGACUGAAGAGUUUUCAUUUGAGCUGAUAGACACAGAUAUAUGUACAUUACCUUGGAAAGAGUUAGAAAGCACAGAUCUGUAGAAGCGCUGUUGAAGCUGAAGUUUUCUCUCCACUACGUUGUUUGUCCCAAAGGAUACCACACGCAGCUACAGAGGCUGCCAGCUCCAACUGUAGCAAACACAAAUCGAUGACUGAGAACUCCGCCUCCCAUGAUGGACAAGAAAAGUGCCAACGGCUUUCAGACCAAGGCCAGUGAGGGCGGUGUUCAGAGGAAGCAACUGCCCUACUCAGUGGAAACUCCCUAUGGCUUCCACCUGGACCUGGACUUCCUCAAGUAUGUUGACGAUAUUGAAAAAGGCAAAACCAUCAAAAGGGUCCACAUUCAGCGCAGGGUCAAGGGCCCACCCAAAUUCAGCACUCUGCCCAGGAAUUUCAGCCUUCCUGGGCAUGGGGCUAGGCCUGCCCCUAAGGAAAAGGACAGCACAUGGUCUGGGACAUCCACCCUAGGGCCCAAGCCUAAAUCAAGGGUAACAGAGGUCCAACAGAUCUUUGACUUCAAGGCAAGUGAAGGGGCAACUUCAAGCCAGAGCAGCAGGGGAACAACCAGUCAGGGAACUGGCUACAGUUCAGCUAAGCCCAGAGAUGAAGUAGGAGCUGGGGCUCGGGAUGUUGAAGAGAAAACUGUGGAGAUUCAAAGUCGGCCGAACCUGCUCCGAGCAUCAAGCAUGCCCAUCACCCUACAGCAGCGGAAAGGUUCUGAUUCAAGCAGUCCAGACCGUAUUGUGGGAACACCGGAGAGUGGCUCAACGGAGAACAUGUUCCGGGCUUCACCGGACAUAACAGAGAGACGGUGUGUUCCCCAGGAUCGGACAGGGCUUCACCAGCAGAUCACAGUAGCGCUGAAACGGGUCAGAGAACUAGAAGAGCAGGUCAAAACAAUCCCAGAACUAAAGGCUCAGAUCUGCUCACUGAGGGAGGAGAGAGAGCAGCUACUGCUUCAGCUCCAAGCCCAGGCCCAAGCCCAGGUUUCCAUAUCAUCCUCUACAAUAGCACAGAGUUAUGAUUCUGGGACACACACUCAGCCACAAGGACAAAGACCUUCAGAAGGGCUCAACUUAGCUCUGAUGACUCAACGCACUGGAGGUUUAGAAGCUUCAGAGUGUGUGCCAGCAAAGCCAGUAACAGGGAAAGAGAAACAAAGUGUGACAGAGAAAAGUACAGUGUUACAAAAAGAGAGGGAGAUAAAUCAGGAAUCUGUCAAGAGUUCCUCAGCACAUGGAGACAUGGGUACAUUGUCAGAGAGACAGUCACAGCCAUCAAAAAAAUCAGACCAACAGAAAGAGACAUCAGAGAGUCCAUUGGAACAUGCUGUGCAAAAGCUAUCACAGGACAUUGCAGGACAAGAAUUAUCAUCGCUUAGGAUGGCUAUAAAAGAUGUAGAGACUAGCAGUAUUCAAGAUGGUAAUGCAGCAAAAGGAGGAAAACUUGAGGAACCAGACCGUAUGAAGCUGCAGGAGAAGUUAAUGACACUGGAGGCUAAACUUACUCAAGCUAGCCAAGAGCUGGAGAGAACUAAUCUUCUUUUGAAAGAACAAUUAGAGGAGAACAAGGUAAAAGAGGAAAGAAUACUACAACUGAGUGAUGGAAUGAGAGUGGAGGUGUGUACUACAGAAGCAUACAGCAGACCAAGAAGAGAGAGUAUUGACACAGGGACAGAGACUGAGAAGGUAGAUUUUUCAAACCAAGAGACAGAGACAGAACCACCUGGUAAAGUAGAUCAGGGAACAGAUACAGAUAGAAUAUGUAUUGAAGUGAGUGUACCCAAACCAGAGACCGGAAGUAUAGAUCAAGGAACAGAGAAUAAUAAAGUUGACACACAUGAACAGGUGACAGAGAUGGAGGCAGAAGUAGCUCCUGUGAGCCCACCAAGACCCAGAGCCAACAGCAUGGAACGGGGCACAGUAACUGAGAGGAUCACCACUCAGGAUCAGAUGACCGAGACACCUGUUGCUGAAAGGGUCAACCAAGUCACAGAAACAGAAGGAGAGACAAUAACAGAUCAUCCUCAGAGACCGAGGGCCAGCAGUGUAGAUCGGGGGACAGAGACAGAGAGAGUGAACACAGUGGACAGAGUGACAGAGACAGAGGAAGCAGAGAGGACAGACCAGCAGACUGAGACAGAGAUAAACAGACAACAGGAUAACAAUCCAGGCAGAGAUGCAGAAGUCGAGAGUCAAGUGAGAGAAAGUGCUGGCAGAGAAAGAGUAGAAGACGUAGUGACUGUGGUCAGUGAAAGAGUGGAAGCACAUGAAAUAAUUCAAAGAGAAAGCGGAGUUGAACAAACUGUUGUUUCAGAUAUUGUAAGCCAGGAUGAAGCCUGUGCCAGUCCACUUGUUGUAGCAGGAGAAAAUAUAGAAUAUGAAAUUGAAGCUGUUAUGGCACAGAAUGACUCAGAAACAAAGGAAAUGAUAGCCCCAAAGAGUGAAGUAACAGAAAUUGUUAAAACACAGCAGAUUGCACUUGAGACUGUAGAAAAGAAACAAACAACAGAAGGUGAAAUUGUAUGUGCAACAAUCAAAGAAACUGUGGUCAUUGACACAGUUGUAGUAGCAGCAGAGAAUGGAGCUGAGAAGACAGUAGCUCCUGUACGACCCCAGAGAGGCCGAAAGCCCUCGGCAGAGCAGGCACAGCCAUCACCUCCUCAACUUCAGGCUGCACCUGUGCAUCCCCGUAGGGGAUCCAAUGAAACUCAAGCCGAUCAGUCCCAGCCCCAUGUGAAGGUACAGGGUCCACCUCAGCUCAAGACCCAAACCCCCACACAGCUCUCUGAACCACAGGUAAAACAUCCAGUUAUAUCUCUGUCUCAGGCUGGGGACCACACCCUAGAAAAGAGGACUCCUGGGGAGUCUAGUGAGAAACAAUCUCAAUCACAACCUCAGACUGAGACUCAGUGCCCUUCUCCAGGCUCCAGUGAAGUCCAAACCCGACCCAAAUCAAUUCAAGCACAGUCUCAGUCUCAAACCAGUGCAACUCGACGGGACUCCAAAGAGCUUAAAACACCACAGAGAGGAUCCAGGGUAUCACAACCUCCUAUUCGUGGAUCCGGAGAAGCCCAGACUCACCAGGUGUCAUGUGACACCCAACCUCAGUCUCAGGGCUCUCGUAGAAGUUCCAGUGAGACUCAACACCCUCACAAAGAUACCAACGAGACACAAUCACUGCGCAGGGGCUCCAGUGAAACAUCCCAGCGUGGUGGUUCAAGUGAAGCCCAGGCCUCACGCCGGGAUACUGGAGAUGCCCAGCCUCCUCGCAGAGGCUCCAGUGAGUCACCAACAUCGCCUGCGGCUUUGGGCCAAGUCGUAACACGGUUAACAGGGCUUUUGGGGGAACAGUGGGCACAGCUGGGGAGCAGCUCUGGAACUCAACAGAUGGCCAGCCAGCAGGAAGGCCCCAGCACACAGAAACAGGCGGCAGGGAAAAGAGCAGAGGCAGGCAAAGGAGCAUCAGCCAAGCCUGCAGGGAAAGCAGUCCCUACAGCAACAACAGGGAAACCAGCAGGGAAGCCUGGUCCCUCCAAAAUGAGCUCUAUUCAGAGUCAACUGGUCAGCUCCCUCAGUGUCCUCUCUGCCUUCUACUCACCAGGCCAGAAAGCUGCUGCUGCCAGCAAACAGCAAGAACAAGGUCUCAAAUCUAUUAUGAAGAAAAACGGUGUUGCUGACAAGCAGGGGAACAAAGGAGCCAAGAAAAACCUCAAGUUUGUUGGGGUGAAUGGAGGCUAUGAGACAACAUCCAGCGAAGAGUCUAGUGGAGAUGAGAAGUCAAAGGUGGAGGUGGAGGAGGAAGAGGAGGACAGCUCAGAACCAGAGGUAGAGAAGGAAAAGGAGACGGAGUUUCAGCCAGCAGAGAAGUCUGAGGAGGGAGGAGAGACCCAACAGAAGGAUGCGGAGGUCUCAGCUGAGGAAGGAGGUGCAGUGGCUGCAGAGAAGGAGAGUGAAAGAGGCCUGCUGGAUCCAGACGUCAGCCAGGAGCUCCUGGAAGAACAGGCUGAAGGGGAGAAAGUUGACAAGAGUUUUAUAGAUGCCUGCCUCUAUGUAAAAGACCGCAUGGAAGAGGUUUCAUCCCCAGAUAAAGAAAUGCGCCAGAUUUUAGUGGUGCUCUACCAGGAGUGGUUCAAGGUUUCCAGUCAGAAAAACUCACAGGCUGAUACUGUCAGAUUAUACCUGCGACAAGUGGGCAUGACCACACCCACUCUUCUGCCAUAUGUCGUUAACUUGACAGACGGCAAUGGGAAUAUGGCCCUCCACUACAGUGUGUCGCAUUCAAACUUCCCUGUCGUGAAACUGCUGCUAGAUACUGGUCUAUGUGAGACAGACAAUGUGAACAAGGCAGGCUAUACCCCAGUGAUGCUUGCUGCACUGACAGCUGCUGAGACCCCUGAUGAUCUGGAAGUGGCACAACAACUGUUGAAACUGGGUGACGUCAAUGCAUGCUCCAGACAGGCAGGCCAGACGGCACUCAUGCUUGCAGUGAGCCACGGUCGAGUUGCCAUGGUGAAGCUGCUCCUGAGCUGCGGCGCGGAUGUAAAUGCCCAGGACCGCGAGGGCUCCACAGCCUUGAUGUGCGCCUGUGAACAUGGACACACACAUAUCGUUCGUUUGCUGAUGGAGACAGGUCGCUGUGACACCUGCCUCACAGACAAGAAUGGACAGACAGCACAAUCGGUGGCAGAGGGAGGCUCCCACCAAGACAUAGUUGACCUUCUGAAGGCCCAUGCUGAGACCCGAGCCUCUGAGCCCUCAUCUACCACAGACCUCCUCUGAGCCAGGCCAAACCUGUUUACUUUCAGCUAGCUGACCCCCAACCCUUCAAUUUCCAAGACCCUCUGCCCACCAACAAAGAGGGAAAAGGUUGAAUUUAAGGCAAGAUGACACCAUACAAGACUGUGUGACCAGUGGAAAAAGUGGAUACGCUCUGUUUACUGUGGAACUACAUAUACACUUCUGAGGGUGUCUAGCCAUGUAUGCCCACAUUCUUCUUCCACAUCUCUGCCAACAUGCCCAGUGGGUGUUUAUGGAUAUGCUGCAUCAACCACUCAGUGGACAGACAACAAAGGGGGGCCGGUUGGAUUGAUGAUAAGAAAUUACCAUACUGACAAGUGUGAUUGACGGGAUAUGGUGAGAAUAUAACGAGGGACCAGGGAUGGACGGAUUGUCAAGGGUUCUUAUCAUCAACUAUCUCUUCAAGCAAAAUACUAAGCACAUGAUCUACCUGUCAAAUAUACGAUAUUGAAUAUGACAUUAUUUCUAUAUUUUCUUUUGUAACAUUGACAUCAUCCUUGUCAUAUUUGGACAUAAGCCAUUAUUGAGAACAUAGUAUGUAGAAUGAUAUUAACAGAAUAUAAUCAUAUACAAACACAGAAACUGUAUUUUCUACUGCACUUUUUUAUUGUGUUCGUGUACAGUAAAUAGCCCUCUCCAAUAUAGAUGUCCAAAAGAACCUAUAUAUCUCCAAAACAGCGAAUUAGAAAACUGAAAAAAAGAAUAGAACUUUAGUCGAAUUUCCCAUUAUUCAGUGGAUAUUUGAUAUCAUUUAAUGUAUUGUUUUUGCAAUAGUAAUGAUGUUUUUCACAUACGGGACAUGGUGAUCAACAUCUGUGAAAUACUGAAAAACUGUAAAACCUAGUUGGAGAUAAAAUGUUUCUGUUGGACACAAAGGAAAUGAUUUUUAUAACCACCGUAUAACCAGAUUAAAGAAAGACAAAAGUCUUCUAAUAAGAGGACUGCACUGUUCAGGAGGUGCUGCAUGCCAAUACACAGUUAUUCCCCUACUGGCUGUCUUAUAGUACUAAAUAACAGUAUGUUGUAAUACUGUCUGUUCUCAUGAUUAACAUCUCUCUCUUUCUUCUUCCCUCAGUUCAAAUAUAAUGUAUGUCUUGUUCGCCUGCUCGUUUCAAAUCAAAUCAUGUAUGCAACUGCUACAAAAUGCACAAUGAAUGUCAGGCUGGCUGUGAUACAUUCCAAGAAAACAUGUAGCAAGUAACUAUACUGGCAUGGAUCAUGGGACUAACAGAGACAUAGUCAUAGACAUACAGUAGUCAGUGGAUAUGGCAGACAUAGGAAUGACUCUUGAUAGUUUUACCAUGUGUGACUAAAUACAUUUAUUUACUAAGAAAAUCUUAAUUACAAAGAUCUGUGCUACCUGUCUUCAAGUUACUAACUAGUUUACUUUGUUCCUGCCUCAAGGCAUUCAUAUUUCAAAUGGUGAACUAACAAGAUGUGAAAGUAAUGGGUUGUUUAUGGCUUGCAGUCCUAAAAGAAGCAAUACUAAUGGAAUACUACCUUUUCAGUCAGAAACUAGGUAGGGAGAGAGGUGUUGGUCUAGCCUUAAUCAGAUGAAAGGUGAGAUGUGCUUCAGGGAAUGUGGUCUUUUUCUUCUGUUUUACACAAACCUACACCUAUAUUCCUAAAGUUUCUUAAAACAAGAGUACUGGUCUGAUACAAUGUUUACAACUUAACAGCUCCCCUUCAGUGACCCCUGCAGAAAUCCCCAAAAUGUCCAGCAGGUCAGGAAGUUUACAGGAAACAAAGGGAUCAAUACAUUUACAAGUAAACAGACAUCUGGAGGAGUGCUUUCACCCUUCUGGAGAAAGAUCAUGACUGGUGGAUGUAACCAAUAACUUUUUUUGAAAAUUUACAUUUACAUGAAGUUGCGUAAAUUUAAAAAGAAUGGUCAAAAUGAAAGAAGAAGCAUACCCCUUAAUACUCCAAGAUAACCCUGAAGGUAUCAUCUGGGUUAUUUUCACUGACACUGACAAACUCCUCCAGAGAAGAUAUUAAAAUAUUGUUUUUCCAAGCUGAGUAGUGCUCCUCAAGGCGACUAACUGACCUUUCAAGUGUAAAUUUGGUGCAGUGCCUCUUUAAAUAAUGCCGGGGAUUUGCAGGGAUUACUUAAGGUUGAAUUUAAAGGGGAAUACCACUCAUUUUAACAACUGCCAUAUACGUGGUCUGUGACGGUCCAGUCAGUCUUUAUAAUAAGACAAAAUUAAUAACUUUCUACAGAGGCAACAUUGUGGUCAAAGACUUGGAUCACAGUGAACUCUGGAGAGUAUUCAGCAUUUGUUUCUUACUGACAAAUUAAACUUCUUAGCUCUUUAAUGUAUUGGUUUGUUUAGUCAUAAUAAAUCUACACUCGACACCGACCACUUUAUUAGGUACACCUUGCACCUACUACCGGGUUAAACCCCCUUUUGCCUUCAGAACUGCCUUAAUUCUUCGUGGCAUACUCUGUUGGAAACAUUCCUCAGAGGCUUUGGUCCAUAUUGACAUGAUAGCAUCACGGAGUUGCUGCAGAUCUGUCGGCUGUACAUCCAUGAUGUGAGUCUCCCGUUCCACCACAUCCCAAAAGUGCUCUAUUGGAUUGAGAUCUGGUAACUGUGGAGGCCAUUGGAGAACAGUGAACUCAUUGUCAUGUUCAAGAAACCAGUUUGAGAUGAUUUGAGCUUUGUGACAUGGUGCAUUAUCCCGCUGGAAGUAGCCAUCAGAGGAUUGGUACACUGUGGUCAUAAAGGGAUGGACAUGGUCAGGAACAAUACUCAAGUAGGCUGUUGAGUUUAAACGAUGCUCAAUACUACGGUACUAAGGGGCCCAAAGUGUGCCAAGAAAAUAUCCCCCACAUCAUUACACCACAUUCAAGGCAAGAUGGAUCCAUGCUUUCAUGUUGUUUACGGAAAAUUCUGACCCUACCAUCUGAAUGUCACAGCUGAAAUUGUGACUCAUCAGACCAGACAACGCUUUUCCAAUCUUUUAUUGUCCAAUUUUGGUGAGCCUGUGCAAAUUGUAGCAUGCAGUCACAUGCUGCAGUCACAUUGUGUUCUUAGCUGACAGGACUGGUACCCGGUGUUGUCUUCUGCUGCUGUAGCCCAUCUGCUUCAAGGUUUGACGUGUUGUUUGUUCAGAGAUGGUAUUCUGCAUACCUUGGUUGUAACAAGUGGUUAUUUGAGUUACUGUUACCUUUCUGUUAUCUUGAACCAGUCUGUCCAUUCUCCUCGGACCUCUGACAUCAAGGCAUUUCUGUUUACACAACUGCCGCUCACGAGAUAUUUUCUCUUUUUCGGACCAUUCUCUGUAAACCCUAGAAUAUUGUGCGUGAAAAUCCCAGUAGAUCAGCAGUUUCUGAAAUACUCAGACCAGCCCGUCUGACUCCAACAACCAUGCCAUGUUCAAAGUCAGCUAAAUCCCCUUUCGUCCCCAUUCAGAUGCUCGGUUUGAGCUUCAGCAAGUUGUCUUGACCACGUCCACAUGCCUAAAUGUACUGAGUUGCUGCCAUGUGAUUGGCUGAUUAGCUUUUUGUGUUGACAAGCAAUUGAACAGGUGUACCUGAUAAAGUGGCCAGUGAGUGUAUAUUGCCAUGCCUAAUUUAACAACUUUUUUUCUGAGAUGCAGUGUGAUCUGACCACUGAUAAUGCACCAGUACUCCCAGACACUAUUAAUGUGGGUGCUAAUAUGGGACUAUAUAGAUUGACAUGAAGAUAGACUGAUUAUAUUAGGCAUCAUGAUUAUAUAGUAGUAUAUACAGUGGCUUAAUUUACUUAGCAACAGUGGACAUUUUUUAACAUUAUAUAUACAUAUAUAUAUAUAUAUGAAGUGUCUUAGCAAUCAGAUCAUCGUCAUUUGUUGCGUCACAAAGUAGCACAUAUUUUCUCAACACGAGGCUGCAUUUACACAGGAUCAAAAACAGAAUUUCAGCACAUCUGAUCAUUAUUGGUUGUUUGUAUAUUAAGGGAUGAAGAUUAGAGUCUGUGUAGCUUUCCACAUUUCAGACAACCAAAGGAUGAUCCGAUCUGUGCUUUGUAAAAUAUCUGGUACAUCUGGUCUUCCGUGCCUGUGUGUUAAAUCUUAAGGUAAAUUGCAUCCAUAUGUUUAAUCCAGUGUGACCCAGAUGUAAUAAGGUUUCAUAACUGGCUCAGCAACCAAAGAACUGAAAUCAAUCUGUUUCACAUGGGGUUAAGUAUAUAGUUUUAUCUGUCCCUGUAAAUUCAGCCAAAUACAUGUACAUACAGUAUUGUGAAAAAUAUAUAAUAUAUAUAACAAGUAUUGACUGACAGUUUGCUCUAAAAAAAAUUAUUAUAUUAUGUAUUUAUUCCAAAUGAUAUAUUUUUACCUUAUAUAGUGUACUUAUGUAUGCAUGGACAAAUAUUCUGGGGAUUCUGUUGGAAGGGAAUUUGGAUGAUUGGAAAUUAUGCUGAGUGUUCCCUAAUGAUGUGAUUAUUCAGCUAACCUUUGGUUGGGUGGUAUAGUACGUGUGUGAUUUAACAAGGUUGUGGAUUGUGUCAUGUGCCCUUUAAUGCUACCUUUGAUAUUUGUGGGGAAAAUAUGAAGCAGAUUUGACACUGUCUUAAACUAUAAGGGUAAUAUCUCCCUUGUAUGAGCACCCAUCUGAAAAUUGAAGUGUAUGUACAUGACAGUCAAAUGUAAAAACCUGUACCUCUCUAAAAUAUUCCAUGUACAAUGGGCUUAUAUGUUGCAAACCAGAGAACUACUUCUAAAUAAAUUAAUUAAUUUCAAGAUUUAAAA